AAAAUCAAAUGGAAAAGAAAUGUCCAUAUUGUGAUAAAAUAUUAUCAAAUCCACUUCCUUUGAAAGUAUCAAGAUAUUUAGAUGAUAUUAAUACAGGAAAAAUUCUUGCUCCAAAUGAAGAAGAUGAUCACGGUUUUAUCUUUACACGUAAAAGAAAUGUUAAUAUAGCCAAUAAAAAUUCGCCUACAACUGUGGGGAAAUUUCGGUCAGUUCAACAUCCUUUAGAAACCCCAAAGAAGCCUGUGCUGCAAAGUAGUUCUAAACAACUGCAGGAAUCCAUAAUUCAUAUACCAUUAAAAGAAACGCCAAUGAUACAGAAAAAUAAAGAUAUUCGUCAAAAAAGACGGCGAUCGAGUUUUGAAAAAAGAGGCAAAAGGGCUUCUUCCAUUGGCAACGGAUUUGCGGCAAAUCCGCAUCCGGAUGUAAAAUCCAAUGAAUUUUUUCGUCAUAUACAACCUGAUUUGCCAGGUCCAAAAAAACUUAGACAACUUUUGACUUGGUGCGGAAAACGAGCAAUGAAUGAUUCAAAAACAAAAGAUGAUGACCAAGAUUCGGCAGAAAAAACCCGACAACAAAAAAAAGUUCAUCCACUUAAUGUCGAAAAUCAACGAAGGUUAGAAGAAUAUGAAGCCAAAAUAAGAAUUUUAAAUGCAGAGAAUGAAGCCUGGACAAAUUUGAUCACGAAAUAUAGUUCAUUGCGUACUUCUCAAAUUGAAACAUCAGUUGAAGAAAAAACCUGUAUUUUUCCCGACGAAGUAGACAUAUCCGUUUUACCUGAAGAACAAAAAAAAUUUCUAUUAAAAUAUUGCACUGAAAACAAUAAUGUUCCAAUGGAAGACAAAGUUCUGGAAGAAUUUAUGCAGCCUCUUGAGAUCCAGUUCAAUAUUGCUACUCAGAUAUAUUGCGAAGAAUUGCUGACUAAUCUUUUAGCGGUCUUGCGUAGCCGACAAUCAGGAAAAAACGAAAAUAACGAAAUAGAAACCAAUCAUGUAUUAAAGGCAUUGUCUCGUAUUCGAUAA